CUCCCCUCACGCGUCCUCCGUCGGCCAUGGCGGCAUAUAAGCGGACCAAAGACAAGAAAAGGCGGAGACUUCUCUCGCCCGACUCCCUUUGCUUCCCCUCUCCACCUUCCCCCGCUCCCCUCGAUCGAUCUGCGCACGCCAGCCGCCGUCGCCGGAUCCCCUCCAGCAGCGCCCGUCCCCCUUCUCCCCCGAAUCCGCCGGAGCCCAGCGGACGCCGGCCAUGAGCACCUCCGAGUACGACUACCUCUUCAAGCUGCUCCUCAUCGGCGACUCCUCCGUCGGCAAGUCCUGCCUCCUCCUCCGCUUCGCCGACGACGCGUACGUCGACACCUACAUCAGUACCAUCGGCGUUGAUUUCAAAAUCCGGACCGUCGAGCUCGAUGGCAAGUCGGUGAAGCUGCAGAUUUGGGACACAGCAGGCCAGGAAAGGUUCAGGACAAUAACAAGCAGUUACUACCGCGGAGCGCAUGGAAUCAUUAUCGUAUAUGAUGUGACAGAUAGGGAAAGCUUCAACAACGUCAAGCAGUGGUUGAGUGAGAUUGAUAGGUAUGCCAGUGACAGUGUGUGCAAGCUUCUAGUCGGGAACAAAUGUGAUUUGGUUGAUAGUAAGGUCGUCGAUACAGAAGAGGCCAAGGCUUUUGCAGAAUCGUUGGGAAUGAAUUUUCUUGAGACAAGUGCAAAGGAAGCCAUCAAUGUGGAGACAGCUUUCUUAACCAUGUCAUCAGAAAUCAAGAACAAGAUGGCGAGCCAACCAACGGCGGAGAGGAAAUCGACGGUCCAUGUUCACAUGAAAGGGCAGCCCAUACAGCAGCAGAACAGCAGCUGCUGCUCAUAAGCUCAGCAAGGCACCAUUCAUACACCUCAUGACAUCCGGUUGUGAGUUGUUGGAGGCUGGAAAAUUCACCAUCAAAGGCUGGAGAAGGCGGUGAAUUGGAUAUACUGAACACAGAACUUGUAUACAAUAGAACUUGUGUUACUACUUACUACUGUUUAAUAUACCCGUCACAGUUUGAGCUUGUUAUGCAAUCUCACUAGUCAUUACUUCGUCAGUGUUUUAGGCGCAUUUUAUGGAUCUUAGGUGGCAAAAAUUGUAUGAAAAUGUGAGCUUGUCAAUCAUCCUGUUAUCUUUCAGAAAGGAUCAUAUUGUUGCUGAGAAUAUGGUUAAUUCAAGCUUGUCAAUCAUCAUCCUGUUACAUUUCUCCUAUAUAAUCUUGUGUUGUUAA